AUGUCUUUUAUCAAAAACUUGGUUAAGGAAACCGAACAAAGCCCCAUUAGGCGAAAAACAGACGCCGAUGGGUCAAAGUCGGGCGAGAAGAUAUUUGUUAAAACGGCCACCGAUUUGCAAAGACUAAAACUAGAAAAACUUAUGAAAAAUCCGGACAAACCAGUAGUAAUACCUGAGCAACGGCGCGAAAAAGACUACAUGGCUACGGUGCCGACAUUCGUUCGCAAUGUCAUGGGCAGUAGUGCAGGGGCCGGCUCUGGUGAAUUCCAUGUUUAUCGUCACUUGCGCCGGAAAGAAUAUGCACGUCAGAAGAACAUACAAGCAAAAAGUGCACGCGAGGAGGCUGAUGAAGCGUACCAACAAAAAUUGGAUGACAAUCGUCGGCUAGCAGAGGAGCGCACCGCAAAGAAAAGAGCAAAGCGUAUGAAGAAAAAGAAUCGGGAAAAACGUUUACGAUUAAAAAAAAACACGGGUUCAAAAGAGCACUCUAGUCAAUCCAGUGAAAGUGCGUCAGAUGAGCAGAAUGAAGCAGACAUGGCUAUGGUACACAAAAAAUUAACCAAAAGCGACUUGGAAACAGUAGAGACAGUAGAUAAAGCUUAGAACAAGAAAAAACAGAAUUGGAAUCCAGCUGCUAACAUUUAUAGUAGUGUACAUUAUUAAUAUGAAUUUAUGUAAAUAUAUCCCAAAAUUCGUAAAUGUACUUAUGUAUGUAUGUAUGUAUUUUAGGGAGUUAGUUUCAUAUGUACUUUUGGAAAGGUACAAGAGUAUACAUAUUAGGUUUUCGGAAAAAUGCAGGUGCACAUGCACUUUCUAUUGUUUUUUCGGCUAUUAGUUCAAUAUUAACUUCGUAUACAAGUAUGUAUAUGCAUAUAAAUUAAAGAAUCCAACAAAACUAUUAG